AUGGCUGCACUGAGUUGUCUUUUGGACAGUGUUAGAAGGGACAUAAAGAAGGUGGACAGAGAAUUAAGACAGUUGAGAUGCAUCGAUGAAUUCAGCACCCGAUGCCUGUGCGACUUGUACAUGCACCCGUACUGCUGCUGUGACUUGCAUCCCUACCCGUACUGCCUGUGCUACUCGAAUCGAUCGCGUUCCUGCGGCCUGUGUGACCUCUACCCUUGCUGCCUGUGUGACUACAAGCUGUACUGCCUUCGCCCGUCCCUCAGGAGUUUGGAGAGGAAAGCCAUCAGAGCCAUCGAGGACGAAAAGAGAGAGCUUGCCAAGCUCAGAAGAACAACAAACAGAAUCCUGGCCUCCUCUUGCUGUAGCAGUAACAUCUUGGGGUCAGUGAACGUGUGUGGCUUUGAACCUGAUCAAGUCAAAGUACGAGUAAAGGACGGAAAGGUGUGUGUGUCAGCUGAACGGGAGAACAGGUACGACUGCCUCGGAUCCAAAAAGUACAGCUAUAUGAACAUCUGCAAAGAGUUCAGCUUGCCGCCAUGUGUAGACGAAAAGGAUGUAACCUACUCCUACGGCCUCGGCAGUUGUGUCAAGAUCGAGUCUCCAUGCUACCCUUGUGCUUCCCCCUGCAACCCCUGCAACCCAUGCAACCCUUGCAGCCCCUGCAGCCCUUGCAACCCUUGCAACCCCUGCGACCCCUGCAACCCCUGCUACCCCUGUGGAAGCCGAUUUUCCUGUAGGAAAAUGAUUUUGUAA